CGUAAUUUACAUCCUGGAUCAAGGAGCAGAGUCGGAGCUGGCUCUACUUUGUGUCCAGAAUGAAGACAAAGUACAUCUUCCAGCUGCUGAUCCUGGUCACGUUCCUUGACCUCAGUAUUCAGUGGUCAGGGAGCGUUUGUUCUCGAACAAUCUGCAGCUACAGACGCGUGAGACGAUGUGCAUAUCGGACGUGGAUGGGCUGCUGCUACUACAGGUGGUACUGGGUGCCGGAUUAUCGGACUGAAUAUUUCUGCUGUUCUGGCUGGAGAACCUCAUCCUACCAGAACUGUAACCAAGCAAUCUGCAACCCUCCCUGUAAGAACGGGGGUACCUGUGUGCAACCCAACGUCUGUCGGUGUAAUGAUAGAGCUGUGGGGCCAACGUGUAACACGUUGGUAUGUAACUACCAGAGGCCCUGUUUCCCCGGUAUCUGUACACCAGGUUCCAGUGUCAACUGUGACUGUUCAUCAGGCUUCACGUCUCCGUCAACUAGUCCGAGUGACUAUUGUAGAAAAUUGGAAUCAACCCAGAAGCCAGAGAUUUACGAGAUCGGCGCCAGACUGUCGUUCUGGCAGCGUGGCACCGGGAUGCCAACCAUGGAGAAGUAUUCCCUGUACGCGGACUCCACCAUGGCCACUGAUGCUGACUCCGUGUGGACAAACAGGGAGAGAUUCAACUGGGUGAACGUCACUGCGUCUGCCCAUUACAUGACGGAUAAUCACGCUCAGCCCUUCUUCAUCAAGAGCUAUGGCAUCGGUAUUGCUAAAGCCGAAGUUGACAUUCAUCACGAGAAGCUACCGUUGACGGGUUCAAACCCUGUUGUCAGCCUGGAAAUGACCUUGCCCUGCACACCGACUGUGUCUUCCCUCAACCCCACCUCCGACACCUACUACUGUAACAUUACCAAACCAGACUACGACAGAUCUCUGGAAAAUGGAGAUACGAGUCCAAUCAAUCUCCGCUGGUCCAACUGGAAUGAUGUUCUUUCUGGCGUGUACCGCUAUGCCUGGGAGGUAUUUAAACUACAGGUGGAUGGGAACCAGGUUCUGAAGGAGUAUGAACCCUUGAAUCCCAUAUAUGGACCUGUUGAAGUCAAUCAGUCGUCAUCUGCCUCCAACUCCUUCCAAGCCAACUACACACCAACUGCUCCUGGAGUGUACUCCUUCAUCCUGGAGGCCUCGGACAAGGCCAAUAACUCUGUCUUUGUCAGGAGAAUCGCCAUAUACGACCCCGUGUCCAGUGUUACUAUAGAUACAGGGGCAGACAACCGUCUAUACAUAUCUUCGGCGGAUCCUAAUGGCGGGUACAACUGGCAAGAUGAUCCAUCUAGGGAAAUCAAGGUAAAGUGGACCAACCGCUUUGUCAACCUGAUGCACGAGCAGGGCAAGUGGUUGAACCAAGUUCUCGCCUAUCCCCCACAGCUCGAAGACUUCUUGAAGAACAUCCCCAGAGCGUCCGGACAGGAUGACCACGAAGGAGACAGGACAGUAGACGCAAUAUCAAACAAGAGAGGUGUUGUCAAGUUUGAGAUAGCUUAUGCGAAGGACAGCAACGGUGGUGUGAAUCAGACGGAACCAGCCACAGGCUGGACUGAUGUUGGACUCAGUGAAACAUAUACCAUACCUCCAGGUUUACACCUAUACCCACUGACGAACAAGGACACGGUGACAGUUUGGGUGAGAGGUACAGACGUCCUAGGUAACAGCCGGGUAGAUUCGACGAGGGUCCAUUUUGAUGAUACACCGCCUGAAGUCGAAGAGCCUGUGUUCAGGAGGAACGUCCAGACAAACAACGUCCCCUUCAGUUCAACUGUUGAAGUAAACGUUCGGGACAUGCAGAGUGGUAUGAAACGUGUGGAACUUAUCGUCAAGAAGAUAGGCAGCAACCUCGUGAUUGUUAAUGAAACAUUGCCUCUCAGGACUGUAAAUUCCUGUAAUGGUUUUACAACGUGUUACUGCACCACCGUCAAUCCAGUCUGCUUCAACAAGACGCAGUUCCUGCCCAUCAGCAACUGCUGGUUGAAGCACCCAAUGUUGGAAGGGAAGACGGUGACAAUGGACAUGAACUUCGUGAACAUGGCGGGACUCCAUACAACAAGGAGUUUCACUGUGGAUCAACUAGACACACUGAAUGGAACACUAGCCUCGCUAGCCCCUGUAAAUGUGACUGUUACGAGGAAGGAAACCAACCUAGUGACCCUGACGUGGAAACACGCCCUCAGCUGCUACAACCGGACAGAGAUGUGGAUCAACUACGAAGUUAAUGGACGGACCGAGAUGACCCUACUGCACAAGACAGCGACCACCCACACUCUGGUCGGCCUCCAGCCAGACACAGCCUACAAAAUUGUGGUUAUUUCCCAGUAUGGGGAGUUCAAGAGCAGGGCUGUCCCGGUGACCGUCACAACAGGUAACAACUUAAAGAAUUUUCUGGAUUUCAUCUUCUUUUAUUCUUUGAUACAACGUUUCGCGGCUUGUUCCGCCCCCUUCAUCAGGUGAGACUAGUAAACAGUUAACUAUUGAUGGGGCCGGAACAUGUCCCGAAACAUUGUAUCAAAGAAUAAAAGAAGAUGAAAUCCAGUAAAUUCUUUAUGUUCAUCAAAUAGCAUCUUCUAAAAUGCCAAUCAAGCAGGACAACAAUGGCCGUGUUUUGAAGCCUUCAGGUUUAUAGUGACCUGAGCACAGUUUUCGUGGGGCGUCGGGGUAGCCUAGUGGUCAAAGCGCUCGCUGGUCACGCCGAAGACACGGGUUCGAUUCCCCACAUGGGUACGAUGUGGGAAGCCCAUUUAUGAUGUCCCGCGCCGUGAUAUUGCUGGAAUAAUGCUAAGAACACCAUACUCAUUCACCCAUAUUUUCAUAGUUUACAUUAUCUAAUGAGUUUCUUACAAAUGUUUAUCUGGCGCCUUUGUAAAACACUCUUUAAGCAUUAAUAUUUCUCAUCAAGUGGUAUAUUGUCACUGAACGUUCAUCAACACAGAAGCAGUUAUCUGUUUUCGUUGCCAGUAUCUGAUUUAGACUUUGGUGAGAAAAGUCUAGUAUGACAUCCAAUUCAAAAGCUUUUAAAAGUGCGGAUGAAUUUUGUUAUUAGUCAUAUGCCAAUUCUGGCGUUGAUUGUGACGACCGAUGACUGCUUGUUGUGUAUUAGCUGUAUCAGAGUUGGCUGUUUAAUUUCUCAUAAAUCAGGUUUAAUUCUAAUAUAUACUUCUCUAAAGAAUUGAAACAACAGUUUAUUUUAUAAGACGAUGUAUAAUCUGUCAUUGCUGGUGGUACUGCACGACAUAUUCACCAACUGUGUCUUUUCUUUAAUAAUCAUUUCAGCAGAUCAUGAUGAUGCACAGCGAAUAGAUCAAUGAUGUCCAUGUAUAUUCUCUUUGACAUUGGAGGUGUGAUCAAUCUCAUGGUGCCUCGUGACGUAUACAGAUCUACUUGUAUGUGUACUUGCAUAUAGUACAUGUAGUUUGAUAAACACCGCUGUGGCAAUGGUGUCAUUACCGUUGCUGUGUGUACAUGGAUAAACCACACAUAUGGAGAGACAUCCUUACUGGUGUGGUCACAUUGUGUUAACGUUGAUAACAGCAUGAAAUGAAUUACUGUGAUUAUUAAUAAGUAUAAGUAUAGUUUAUGUAAUGUAUGUAUAUGGGUGAAUAGAUGGGUGUUGUGUGUCUGUCUCGAUGCUUUCCGUGCAUAUGUAUGGUGUGCGUGUGUGCGAGCUUGUAUGGGGGCGUCUGCGUCUAGAUCUGUUUGUGUGUCUGUGGCUUUAUGUGUGCAUGUCUGUCAAGCUAGCUGGCUUUACAUGUUUUAGCCAUUACCAUGACUAAUAUCAGCAUGCCGAGCUUGUAACAAACAGACCGUAUAAUAGACGUGCAUAAUUGUUAUUAAGUUUAAUUUCCGUGAACAGUUCGUUCGAAAAGAAAGCAAAGAAAUUAUUGUUUUGAUAUAUUUCACAAGGCAUUGAAUUCCUUUUUCCAAGCAUAAAUGAAACUCUUAUGAGUCUACAUAAAUUAUAAAAUCAUUGCAUUCAUUCAUCACAGACAUUAAUUAUUUAAUUAGCUGUCAUUCCUGGUCAUUUAUGUAUAGUCACGUAAGCAUGCUUUACGCUUUUAACAAUAUCUGAUGUGUUUUACGCAAGUGGACAUUUCUUGCACCUUUGUACUAAAACACCUUUUGAGCAUCAUCACUACAAACACUUAACAAUGGUAUAUUUUCAUUGUAAUGUUCCUCAACAUAGACGUAGUUAUUGAUGUGUCAUGCAUUACUUUCAUUUUCAGGAUUUCGUUUCACCAUUGUUUAUAAAAAUGUAGCAUAACUUAAAGAACGAUAGAUUAAUUUGGUAUUUACAUGCCAGUUCUGACGUUGAUCGUGACGCUGAUGUCUGAUUCACCUGUACUGUGGGUCUUUCCGUCGCCCAUGUGUGUAUUCAUGUUUAAAAAUAUAAUGUCAUUAGUAACUAUUUUAUACAUGUUUAGCUUUAAUUCAGUUGUACAGGACGACUUUAAGUGUUUUAUUCUUUGAUAAACGUCCGAACCGCAGGAGAAUACGUGACUUUCAUUAAGGGUAUUAGAUAUAUAUUCAGAGGGACUAAAUGACUGUUUUUCGUUUUAACUCCUCGGCCUUGAGCUUCUCACCGGUCUCCUUCGACGGGACAAGAAGUGCAGGGAGAGACCACAUGUAGAGACUCCAACAGGGAUUACAGCUCUCAAACAAAGGAACCGUGACAACAGAAUGGCAUAUCAUAUCGUUCACCGCAAACUAGCUGCCCGGAACUGUCUGUUGACCUUCCUGCUGGAGAUCAAAGUUGCAGGCUUUGGACCAAGCAGGGUUGAUGAGUCCUCCGAGGACAACAAAGAGGAAAAUAUGCAGCUACUGUUGCUUGAAGAAUCUAUACCGAAACGUGGCAUCAUAAUGUAAUAAAGAAGAUAUUUAUCUA